AUGGAUGCAGACCCCGAUCCGAGGGCCCGGAUGUCUGAGAAGCGGCGAGGACGAUGGACCAAGGCAGUCAUGUGCAAGAUCAAGGAGAUACGGGAGAGGAUUAUGCUCGGUGGGGAGAAUGGCGUGGGUAUUAGAGGAGAAGAAGAGGAGGAUGAUAGCGGCGGGGACCGGGGCCAAAUCAAGCAGCAGCAGCAACUACGUGAACUGGCGGAAAGGGAGAAACAGAGGGUACACUUCCAGGAGGCUGCAUCAUCAUCACGCCGCUCACGUUAUCCUCAAUCGAAUCCUGAACCGGACACAGACGAGUCACAGCAGCCCAACGAGCUCCUUGCCGACAUGGUAGAUCUGUCAACAGAGCAGCAAGCUCGAGAGCUUUGGGUAUAUUACCCAAAUAGGAUAGAACUAAUCGUGGUGGACAGACUUAUCGCAUUAGGGAGGUUCGGUCGUGGCAGGUGUAAGAUAUCAAAGAAGGAUUUCAUCGAUAAGGUCGACAAAAAAGGCAGAACGGCACUGUCUUACGCAGCUACCUAUGGACAUGAGCAUAUCGCAUCGAGAUUACUUUAUGAGGGUGCACAAAUAGACUUGAUGGACCGACAGGGGAGGACUCCCCUCAUGCAUGCUAUCUUGAAGGAGCAUCUUGAAGUUGUAGAGCUCCUGUUGAACGGUAAAGCCGAUGUCAAUACAAGCGAUAUCACGUUCAAGUCCCCCUUGCAUUUAGCGCUCGAGACUAGGAAUUCUACAGUGGCUGAGAUCCUUCUAUCGUUUGGAGCAGAUGUUAAUGCAUUCGAUGCCUCUGGUAAAACUCCGCUUAUGAUUGCCAUGGAUCAGAAAGCGAGCGCACUAUUCAACCAGGUUUUGCUUUAUAACCCGAGUCUGGAUGCACUAGACGAGAGGGGAUGGAACGUUCUCAUAUAUGCAGUGAGGAGUAACCUGCUAGAAGCACUUCUACCAGUCUUGAAGCGGCUCUCCGAGGAUGGUCUAAGAUCAGUCACUCGGUGGCAGGACCCUAGAGGAUAUGUUGCUCUCCAUCAUGCUGUGGAGAUGGGCAAGUUGGGGGAGGUUGAAAAGUUACGUAGCAUGGACCCUGACACAGUGGGUUAG